ACUCGUGGCCGCGCUGCAGGUAAACCACAGGUGUGUGUUGUUCUGCAGUUUGAAGGAGACUCCAGCCGGAUCACACAACCUCCUGGAGCUCUGAGGAAAAGUUAAAUAAGGCUUCACUGCUGAAGAUGGAGUGAGAACAUGCGAGGAAAUUAAAAUCACAAACAUCUGGAGGAGAAGCUGAGCUUGUUCUCACCUCAACUGUUUUUCUUUAUUCGGCUCUGAAGUUCAAUGGAGUGAUUGAUACUCGCAUCAGUUUGGAUUACUGUGUUGGAGCUGUGGUUUUUGUGCACGAUGGAUUUAAGCAUUAGCAGGAGACAAGGAGUUUUACUCAUCAUUUUGACAUUUCUAAGUCUUCCAUAUGGCUCCAGAGGAGAAAUCCCUCCCAAACCAACCGGCAGUGUCACCAUAUUGCCCCCCGUUAAGCCUGAUAAUGGCCCUCAGGCCUUUCCAGACGCGGAGAAGGCAAAUUUACCAGUGUUUACAAUGGAUUACCCGAGAAUACAGAUACCUUUUGAGAUUACUCUGUGGGUGCUGCUGGCCUCAUUCGCAAAGAUUGGUUUCCAUGUGUAUCACAAGAUCACCAUCUGGGUGCCAGAGUCAUGUCUUCUGAUCAGCAUUGGUCUGAUCGUGGGUGGCAUCAUGCACUCUGUCCACGAGGAGCCCCCUGCUGUGCUCACCACCAACGUCUUCUUCCUCUACAUGCUGCCCCCAAUUGUCCUGGACUCGGGCUACUUCAUGCCCACUAGGCCUUUCUUUGAGAACAUUGGCACGGUGUUUUGGUUUGCAGUGGUGGGGACUCUGUGGAACAGCAUCGGCAUCGGCAUGUCUCUGUUCGCCAUAUGCCAGAUUGAGGCGUUUGGCGUGCAGGACAUCAACCUGCAGGAGAACCUACUGUUCGCCAGCAUCAUCUCGGCCGUGGACCCUGUGGCUGUGCUGAGCGUGUUUGAGGACGUGUCUGUGAACGAGCAGCUCUACAUUGUGGUGUUUGGAGAAUGCCUCUUCAAUGAUGCUGUCACUGUGGUCUUGUACAACAUGUUCAACUUUGUGGCGGAGAUGCCGGUGGUGGAGCCAGUGGAUGUUUUCCUCGGGGUGGCACGGUUCUUUGUGGUCGGGCUCGGUGGGAUGGGCUUCGGUAUCCUGUUUGGCUUCGUUGCCGCCUUCACCACAAGAUUCACCUCCAAGGUUCGAGAGAUCGAGCCACUCUUCAUAUUCAUGUACAGCUACCUGGCCUAUCUGGUGGCUGAGCUCUUCGCCAUCUCGUCCAUCAUGGCCAUUGUGACCUGCGCUCUCACCAUGAAGUACUACGUGGAGGAAAAUGUCUCCCAGCGUUCCUGCACAACCAUCCGCCAUGUGGUCAAGAUGCUUGGCUCCAUCUCAGAGACGCUCAUCUUCUUCUUCCUGGGGGUCGUCACCAUAACAACAGAGCAUGAGUGGAACUGGGGCUACAUCCUGUUCACACUGCUGUUUGCUUUUGUGUGGAGGGGUCUCGGUGUCUUGGUGCUGACUCAGAUCAUUAACCCUUUCCGCACCAUCCCAUUUAACCUAAAAGAUCAAUUUGGCCUGGCCUACGGUGGCCUGAGAGGGGCAAUUUCAUUCGCCUUGGCCUUCACCCUUCCUGAUAACAUCGGCCGCAAGCAGCUCUUUGUCACUGCCACCAUUGCUAUCAUCCUCUUCACUGUCUUUCUUCAGGGCAUCAGUAUUCGACCUUUGAUCGAGUUCAUCAAUGUCCGCAGAACCAACCGCAAUCUUGACACCAUCAACGUGGAGAUUCACUGCAGGCUUAUGGAGCACACCAUAGCUGGCAUUGAGGACCUGUGUGGACAGUGGAGCCACUUCUACUGGAAGGACAAGUUUAUGAAGUUCAACAAUCGAAUCCUGCGGAAGAUCCUGAUCCGAGACAGCCGAGCCGAGUCCAGUAUCGUGGCGCUGUAUAAGAAGCUGGAGCUGCAGAACGCCAUGGAGAUCCUGGACACGGUGUCUGGAGACAUCAGCGCUGCUCCGUCCAUCGUCUCUCUCUAUGAGGAGAAGAAAAGCUCUGCUAAACCUAAGAGGAAGUUCCUGGCUCCUGACCUGAAGAACAUGCAUGACAUCUUGUCCAAGAACAUGUACCAGAUCAGGCAACGGACGGUGGCAUACACAAGAAAGCACGCUCUGCCCAAUGACAGCCACACCAAAGAGAUAUUGAUAAGACGCCACGCCAGCAUCCGCCGCAGCCUCCGACCUGGCAGCUUUCAGUCAUCGGCGGUGCCCAAAUCCCACAAAUACUUCUCUCUUCCUGCUGGGAAAAGUCUGGACUCAAAAUUCCCUCCUGUGAGGCAGAGCUAUACAGAUGAUCAAGAAACAGUGUCAGAGCUGGCCUAUCCCUCCAGACGCUCUCGGUUCGGCCAGCCUGCCCGCUCCUCCUCCAGAGCCAUGAUGCCUCUGCGCAGGCUGGACACCCUUAAAGAGGCGCCCUCUGUUGACGUGCUGGAUGAAAGCUCAGGGGAGGACAGAGGCAAGUCGGGGCGUGGACCGUCCAGAACAAACUCCUCCUACAGUGAUUCCCAUGCUCCUGCUCCUCGCCGUCACUUGGACAGCGACAGCGGCUCAGCUGAUAACUUCAGAAACGCGCACAACGAAGCAGAAGAGGAGCAGCAGCCUUCGUCUCCACCUCCACCUCCAGCCUGGGUGGCUGAACCCAGAGACAACCAAACAGCACGAAACCCUCUGCUCAGGCGGCCUCAGUGGAACCCCAAGAAGAUGUAAUCAUGUCUCUGAGCUUUGAAGAGCAGCUGGACUGCAGCUCAGGUUCUCAAGCAGCUCCAGGGUCUCUGCACACAGCUGUGCGUUCAUUCCAGUUAAAGACUAGUGAACUCUGGGGGACAGUUUAUUUCUUAUUAGAAGUGAAGCAUCCUCUACAAUGAGCCAAAACGGACAAUAAGAAGUCAGAGGUGUUCACUACAUCAGAAACACAAUGCAACACAGUAAAGGGACUGUUUAUGAACUGUCAUUCUGCCAGUUUUUAAAAGGUAUAGCCGUUUCAUCCGUUCACAUUAAUGUGAUUUUAAAUACUUUUUAUCUUCCUGUAGGAUUUUUAAAGACAACUUAAUUUAAACUAUUUUAUUUUCAGUAAAUGUUUCUCUUUCCUUAGAUGUAAAUAUUAUACUUUUUGUACUUUUGUUUGCCUAUGGUGUGUGAUGGUUGAAUGUUUGAAGACAUAAGUUUUGUAUACAGGCCAUAUCAGUUUAACACGAGGAACUAUUGCUGUGCAGUACGAAGUACUCUUGGGACUGGAGGCCUUUUGUUUGUCUGUUACACUGAUGGACCUCACAAAUCUGAUGAUGAUUAUUUUUUCUUUUACUGUAAUAAAUUUUAUAUGUUGUUGAAA